AUGGCGAAAGAGAAGACUCAUAUUAAUGUUGUCAUCAUCGGCCAUGUCGACAGUGGAAAGUCGACCACCACCGGACACCUGGUCUACAAGUGCGGUGGGAUUGAUCAGAGGAGAAUUGAGAAGUUUGAGAAGGCUGCAGCUCAAAUGGGGAAGACUUCCUUCAAGUUCGCCUGGGUGUUGGACAAGCUGAAAGCUGAGCGGGAGCGCGGGAUCACCAUUGAUAUUUCACUGCUGAAAUUCAGCACCCAGAAAUUUACAAUCACAAUAAUCGAUGCUCCGGGCCACCGUGACUUCAUAAAGAACAUGAUAACUGGAACUUCACAGGCGGAUGUGGCUCUCUUGGUGGUCUCUGCAGCCAAAGGGGAAUAUGAGGCCGGUGUGUCCAGAAGCGGUCAGACUCGAGAGCAUGCCCUGCUGGCUUACACUCUGGGUGUGAAGCAGGUCAUCGUCUGUGUGAACAAGAUGGAUCUGACUGAGCCGCCGUACAGUCAGAAACGCUAUGAAGAAGUGGUGCGAGGCGUGAGCGGCUUCCUGAGGAAGAUCGGCUACGACCCCACAUCUGUGCCGUUCGUUCCCAUUUCUGGCUGGACAGGGGAGAACAUGAUCACUUCAACUCAGAAGAUGCCGUGGUACCAAGGCUGGAAGGUCAAGCGCCGAGAGGGGACAGAAAGCGGGAAGACGCUGCUUGAAGUCCUGGACUCCAUUCAGCCGCCUGUUCGUACCGUCAACAAGCCACUGCGGUUGCCUCUGCAGGAUGUCUACAAAAUUGGAGGAGUUGGGACUGUACCAGUCGGCAAGAUUGAAACCGGCAUCCUCAAACCCGGCAUGACUCUGAUGUUCUCUCCUGCAAAGCUGACCGCAGAGGUCAAGUCCAUUGAGAUGCACCACCAGGGGCUGCAGACGGCUCUGCCGGGACACAACGUGGGCUUCAACAUCAAGAACGUGUCCGUCAAGAACCUGCGGCGUGGCGACGUGGCCGGUAACGCCCAGCAGGAUCCUCCCUCGGAUGUCAGCAGCUUCGAGGCUCAGCUGAUCAUCCUGAACCAUCCAGGGAAGAUCAAAAGCGGCUACUCUCCAGUGCUCGACUGCCACACGGCUCACGUCACCUGCCGCUUCGCCGAGCUGAAGGAGAAGCUGGACCGCCGCACCGGCAGGAAGCUGGAGGACAACCCGCAGACGCUGAUUUCUGGAGACGGUGCCACGGUUCAGCUGGUUCCCAUCAAGCCCAUGUGUGUCGAGAGCUUCUUCACAUACCCACCAUUAGGCCGCUUUGCAGCCAGAGACCUGAAGCAGACCGUUGCUGUUGGGGUCAUCAAGUCGGUGGUGAAGGACCAGGGGUCAAAAGGUGGCCUCAAAGCUCAAGUGUGCAAAUAAGUUGAAUUUUGUCCAGUCUUUGGCUCCUUUCAUGUUGAGUGAACAGUUUUGUUUCAGAUGCAGUUUUUGUGUUGUAACACGAAGUCUUUAUGUUGUCUUCAAGGUUUAUAGUAUCCCUGU